CUUAUAAGUCGGUGACGCACUUAUGACUGUCGGUAAUAGUGUGAAAUGUUUUUCCGUGAGUAUUCCCACGGGAUUGAUUUACACGUUCAUUUGGAUGGUUCUGUUAGGCCGGAAACACUCUUUGAGCUGGCAGAACAACAGAAGUUAUCGAAUAGGCCGGACACGUUUUUGAAGUUCAAAGACAAACUAACCCCUAAAGCCCCGUAUUCACUGAAGGAUCUGUUGAAAGCCUUUGAGAUUAUUGUACCAUUAAUAUCAGGCAACAAGGAUGUUUUAGUGCGUAUCUGCAACGAAUUCGUGGAAGACUGUGUAAACCACGGUGGACUAUGUUAUGUAGAGACAAGAUUUUGUCCAUUCAUCUUAACAGGUCCUGAUUUCGACGCAGAGCAAGUACUGAAGACAGUUCUUGAAGCGCUGCAAAUAGCCAGCAAACAACAUAACUUGGAAGUUCGUACUAUCUUAUCAAUCCUGAGACAUAUGCCUGAAACAGCUGAGCAAACAUUAGAGCUGGCCAAGAAGUAUAAACCACAUGGAGUUGUUGCUAUAGAUAUUGCAGGUGACGACUCCAUUUUAGAAAAAGAACCUCUGGCGAGUGAAAUUGUCCAAACAUUUCAAGAAGCUAAGAAGUCGGAUAUUCACCGUACCGUCCAUGUUGGUGAAAACAGCUCAGCAAAGAGCGUUUAUGAAGCAGUAACCAUAUUACACGCUGAACGUGUCGGUCAUGGGUACCAUGUCCUAGACGAUGACACAAUAUAUAAAUCAGUUCGCGAUGCUGGUGUACACUUUGAGUUAUGUCCAUCAUCGAGUUUCGUAACUGGUGCCGUAGAUGUAAAAGAUCCAAGGAAGCAUCCUAUACAUCGUUUUAUUGAAGACAAAGUCAGCUUCUCCAUCAACACCGACGACCCUACAUUGACUCAGAGAUGGAAUUUAGAAGAAGUUAAUUAUUGCACCAGUGAAUUAGGCUUGGAACCUAGUCAUGUGUAUGAGGCGAAUUACAAUGCAGCUGAGGCUGCUUUUCUUACUGAUGACGAACGGACACAUCUACUUUCGCAUGUGAAUACCGAGAUAAGAAAGAGAACUGUCAAUAUGUGAAUACAAAAUCUCUUUCCCUUGAGCUGACCUAUCUAAGUAAAAUCCAUCCAGUGAGAAUUCAAAUGGAAGAAUUAUGUAACAUUAUAGACUGACAUAUUUUUUUAAUGAUCUGAUUACUUCCAGUUAUGAAUAUUCAUCUUUGUUGAAAAUAUGAGAAAAAUGAAUCUAUCCUUCCUUCUAUUGCAUGGCUUAUUGCGUGACAAAAUUUUGUUGCAUAUUCUAUCGUUUUGAUUUUAUUUCACGCAUAAAGUGUUCACUUUUUUACUCAUAAAUAAUAUCAUUAUCUAUUUUCGCCAUAAUUUAUUUACUUUAUCACCAUUUUCUUGUCAUGCCUUUUGUAUAACAUAGUCGGGUUAUGGUAUGUAAUUCAAGUUCUGGUAAAUAAGUUGGAAGUACUUUUG